AUGUCAGAAAAAGAAACAAUUGAAUCAUUAAAAGAAGAGAUUGAAAUACAUGAUAGAAAUAAAAGUAAUAAAGGAUAUUUACCAAAAGAAUCAUAUAACCAAGUUACAUACGAUUAUUCAAAAGAAGAAGAACAAGCUAAACUUGCACAUUUACCAAAAAAAUAUUUAAAAGAAUCUGAAAAUGAUGAUAAACAUUUUAUAGACCCACUAGCUAAUUUAACACCAGCUCAAAGAAAAGUUUAUGAAUUAAGAAAGAAAUUAGAAACAACAAAAAGUGUAAUAUAUAAAAGUGUAGUUGAUGAACAUAAAAGGAUACAUCAAGGAGCACAAGAUGAAAUUGAAGAAAAGAAAAGAUUAUAUAAAGAGAAAAUUAAACAAGAAGAAGAAGAAAUGAAGAAACAAGGAUUAGAUCCUCAAAAAGAAAGAUUAAAAAAUCAAAUAGCCGAAGAAAUUAAACCAAACAAAAAAGAGAAAAAGAAAGAUUCAAUAGUAAAAGAUAAAAGUAAUACAUAUUCAGAUGAACAUGUUUAUAAUUCCUAUAAGAAAAGGGUGAAAGAAAUGGAGAAAUUUCAUAAUAGUGAACAUUUUAAAAAGGUUGUUUCAAAUGAAGAUGUCAAAGAAUCUGGUGAUUCAAUUAAUAAUAAUAAAUAUGAAUAUGGUAAAUCAAUUGAAAUACCACGUGAUAAUAUUAAUGCAAUGAAACAAGAGUUAUUGAAAAAUCAAGAAAAUCGUCGUAGCUUUAAAAGAAAAUCAUUUAAAGAAGAAGAAGAUAUCAACUAUAUCAAUGAAGAAAAUAGACUUUUCAAUCAAAAAGUUUCACGUGCUUAUGAUAAAUAUACUGUUGAAACUAGACAAAAUUUAGAAAGAGGUACAGCUCUUUAA